AUGGAUACAGGAGGGAGAGAUUAUGUUAAACAACAUAUGCCCAUCAUAGGACUCGGUACUUUUCAAAUUCGUGAAGAAAGUACAAUUUAUGACAUUGUAGAUAAAGCAUUUGAAGUUGGCUAUCGCUUCAUUGAUACUGCUCAGUGUUAUGGGAAUGAGUUAGUCAUAGGAACUGCUUUGAAAAAACUUUUGCCUAAACAUGGUCUUGAAAGAAAAGAUGUUUUCAUUACGACUAAGUUAGCUCCAUCAAAUCAAGGAGCGAAGAAAGCUGCAGACUCAAUUGAACAAUCUCUAGAGGACUUACAACUGGACUAUAUUGAUUUGAUGAUUAUUCAUUGGCCUGGUGUGAACAAAAUGAAGGUUCACAGUCCUGAAAACGCUGCGUAUCGACGGGAGAGUUAUGAAACUCUACAAAGAUAUUACAAACAAGGAAAGUUGAAAGCCAUUGGAGUUUCCAACUACGAGCUAUGCCACAUGGAAGAGUUACUCUCGUUCGCGUCCGUUCUUCCCGCUCUUAACCAGGUUGAAUACCAUCCUCACUUUCAUCAAACUGAUCUUGUUAACUUCUGUAGAGACAAAGGGAUUCAUUUCCAAGCAUAUAGCAGUCUAGGUAGUCCUAGUCAUAGAACGAAUCUAUUCAAUGAUGAUCUGAUCAAGACUAUGGCAGAGAAGUAUGGAGUUGACGUUCCAACGUUCCUUCUAGCCUGGGCGACUUCUCAAGGAAUCAGUGUAUUGCCCAGAACUACAAAUCUUGAACGGCUAGAACCGAACUUCAAAGCUAAAGAAGUAAAUGUUAAACAAGAGGAUAUCAACUGUGUUCUCGAAAAUGGCAAACACAAGAAAGUCUGUUGGGAUCCUAGUGCAAUCACAUAA